AUGAUUAUUUUCAAUCUUUUUCAGGCUUUUCACGCCUCUAUAAUCGAUUCUAGAGCAGGUCUUCUCAAAUGCCCAGAUCAAGAACUUCAAGAAGAAUGCAAUGGCAACUGUCGAAUCGUUUACACUCAAUGUCGGCUGUCCUGUGAGGAUGAGUUCUGCCUCACAACUUGCGAAAGAUCAUACGAAAUCUGCCUGGAUUCGUGUCCCUGUGGAGAGAAUUGUCCUCAAGGAUGCAAAGACUGUGAAAACCCGAUCUGCCCCGACGAUCUUUCAAACAUGCAUUUCGCCGUCUUGCUGAAUGAUUUGACCUCCUCUUACAUCAAUUCUGGUGAUGGCAUCAGCAUUGUUGCUCCCCAAUUAGACGCUCCUUCAAAUGACUUUGUCGCUGGUUCACCUUUUGCUAUUUUGCAGGAUGAGUUGUUUAUUUUUGGAGGAAACGCGGACAAUCAGAAGAUAGGAAAACUCGUCGGAUGCAGUUUUAGCUUGAUUUCAGCGAGCGCUUAUUUGCUUUCCGGAUUUCCCGGACCUUAUGAAGCCUGUGAAAUAUUUGACGGAGAAAGUGUCUCUUCCACUCAUUCGGCCCAGAACAAUCAUGACUGGGGCAAGUUAGGGCUUUACAAGGGUCAGCCAACUACAGUCGGAAGCUACUACAAAAGUGGUGCGCAAAAGGUUGAGACCUACAACUCAACUGGAUGGGCUUCUCUUCCCGACCAUCCAAGGAAAAUAAAUGGGCAUACUUUGACUGGCCUUGAUUCCGGGUCUUUGUUAUUGAUUGGUGGAGAGGAUGAUGAAGAGGUGUCGAAGAAUGUUUGGAUUCUAAAGGACGAUGUCUGGAAUAUCCUUGGACAAGUUCUGAGUAAUUAUGAUGCUGCUUCUGCUAUAAAAAUUGGGAAUUACGUUUUUGUUGUCUCUGGCUAUGUUAAAUCUGCUGAUGGAACUUAUCCUGUCGAGCGAGUUCAUAUUGAAAACGACGAGUUUUUGGGAUCAGAAGUUAUUGGCUCAAAUGACGGUCAAAAUUGGAUUCCUGUUCUUUUUCAAGCAGAUUUUCAUUUCUGUCAGUGA